GAUUCCGUGAUUUCCCUGCAGGUGGACGCCAGGAACAUCGACGGCAGCACCCCCCUGUGCGACGCCUGUGCCUCGGGGAGCAUCGAGUGUGUCAAGGUGCUGCUGUCCCACGGUGCCAAGGUGAACCCCCCCCUCUACACGGCCUCCCCUCUCCAUGAAGCCUGCAUGAAUGGCAGCCCCGAGUGUGUCCAGCUCCUCAUCGACGUCGGCGCCAACCUGGAGGCUCACGACUGUCACUUUGGGACUCCCCUGCACGUGGCCUGUGCCAGGGAACACCUGGACUGUGCCAAGCUGCUGCUCAAGGCAGUUCCCAUCCCAACACCUUCCACCAUCCCACGUUGCUCCAGCCUGGAUGGGGGAACUCUGGAACGUUCUUCCCCUGGAGGCAGAGAGUUCUUGGGGACAAAACCGAACAUUUCGGAGCUGCGGGCGGUCGAUCCAGCCUCGUGGACAAUUCCAGAGACCCCGCUGAGCCUGUCCCAGCUGUGCAGGGUGACGGUCCGGAAAGCCGCCGGGCAGAGGGCCCUGGAGAAGAUCUCCAAGCUCGACAUUCCCCCCCGGCUCAUCCAGUACCUCUCCUACAACUGACGGGGAACGGCCGGGAAGGAGAAUUCCCCGGAAUUCCCGCGCCACCAAGGGUCUUCUCUUCCUCUUCUACCUCCCCCCCCCUCCAAGAAACUCAAGUUUUAAUUUAAAGCAAAACUGGUGUAAAUAGUAUUUCUGAGGCCGCGCUUCCUUCCGCUCCGUGGGCAAAUCCCGGGAAUGCUCCUGGGGGGAGGGAGAUUGGGGGUUUUUUAGGCUGGUGGAACGGGAUUGAUGUUCCCUCUUUUUCCCCGUGCUCCAGCCAAGGCUCCCUUUGGAGCCAGGGGGGAAGAAAUGGAUACCCCUGGAACGGGAUUCAUCCGUCCCCUUUUUAGAUUCCCGUGGCCGGGAUGACGGGGAAUGAUCCGGGACACCUGGAAUGGCUCCAGGACACCUGGAAUGGCUCCAGGACACCUGUCCCUGUUGGCUGCACUGGGAUAGGGGAGGGAAUGACCUUGGAUUUGGGUGGUUCUCCAGAGGAUCCACACCCAGGGGACAAAGCUCAGGACCCCCCGGAGGCAAAUUAAGCCCCCAAAUUAAGCUCGGGGCUAAUUAGAGGCUCUUCCCGGCUUUUCCAGGGGGAUCCACAGGCUUUGGCUCCGCACCAGGAUUAAGGAAAAACCGCUGCCGGGUUCGGCUUCGGCUCCUUCCUCCUGUGCCGAGCGUCCCCCCCAUUCCCAGGCUCAAUUCCAAGCCCAGGGAUUCUUCCCUGCUCCCAAAAUAUUCCCUCCGCUCCGUGUGCAAUAAGUGGGACACAUCCCAGGGGUGUAUCCCUGCGGGAUCUGCCUGGAAUUCUGGGGGAUUUUUAGGUUGAUUUUUUUUUUCCCCCCCUCUCCAGAGUUUGGCAGCCCCGGAUUCCCGGGCUGGAAUUCCUGGAGCUUCGUCCUUAGGGAGCCAAAACCAUCCAAAACUUCCAGAGGGACCGUUCCCUGUUGUCCUGGGUCGGAAUUCCACGGGAUCCUGGGAUGGGAUGGAGCUCCCUGAGGAGUCCCCCCCUGACAGAUCUUAGCGCUGUGAUGGGAACAAAUCCCUCCAAAACGGGAUGAACCCCCCCCCCCCUUGUCCGAGGUGGAAUCCGGGGCUCCCGACACCAUUCCCGCCGGGAUCUCAUCCCAACAAGUCGCUUCCAAGGGGUCUCCUCCUUGGGAAGGAGGAUGCAGGUUGGGAGAGCCGGGAUGAAGGACUUUAUGGGGAGCAGAAAACCACUUUAUUUUUCAUUUUUAAUUAGAUUUUCCCCCUCCCCACAUCCCUUUUUCUUUUUGUGCCGGAUCGGGAAAAAUUCCCAAGAAAAAUUCCCAACAUCCCGCUCUUCCAAUCCCGGGUUUUUUUGGUGUUUCAAAUCCCAGAAAUGUGAAGCUCAGGGAAAGCCCUCCAGGUUGGUUGGUGUGGGAUUCAUGGAUGGGAAUUUUAGGGAAUAGUUUGGCUCGGAAGGGGCUUCCCGAGGCCGUUCAUUCCAACCCUUUUUGUUGGAUCUUCCCAGGAAAAGCUUCUCCCGCCCAGCUGACGGAUAAACACGGAUUGGGAAAGCGCAGCCGGGGUGAAAAACUCUCCUUUUGGGUCAAAAAUCUGAUUAUUAAGUUGCUUUUUUAACACUGACACAGCAAUAAAUCCCAAAUUUCCGGCGGGAAAGCCAAAAAAAUUCCUUGGACAACCGAGAAUAAAAUUCCAGGAUCCUCUUC